CUGAAUUAUUUGCUGGUAGAUCUACUGUCUGCACCCCGGUAGCUGCACAAAAGCUGAUUGAAGGCAGUACCGCACGUCGUUUCAAUAAAAACCAUUCUGAUAUUGCACGGUUUGGAGCUGAAGGAAAGGAACUAGUCACUCGUUUACAAUGGCCGAACCAACUGCCGCGGAACUGCAGGAUGUGACGAAAGCGUGCAGUCGAUUGUGGGAGCUGGACGAGCAGCGCUUUGUUCCAGGCCAGGAUUACGAGAUCGACCUGCAGGGCGGUAAGAAAAUCUUCACGCGUUCUGACGCAGCGCCUGCCAACCUCUUCAAGUUCGUCAAGAAGGACAAGUUCUUCAGCAUUGCGACGUUCAAGGCGUUCUACGCGUUGCUGGAUAACUACGAGAAGGAGACUGGCGUUGCUGAAGUAGUCACAUCAGAGGAGAAGAGAGAAAACUGGCACUUCAUUGACGAGCUGAUGAAAACUAAGCCGAUCCAGUACGUGCAUUCGUACCUCGCCACCAAAGACAAAUGCGGUAGAUCGGAGCACGAUUUCAAGCGGCUACUCCACGACACUUGGUUCAAGCUGUACCGACGAGAGACGAGAAACGACUCGUCAGGAUUUGAGCAUGUGUUUGUGGGCGAGAGUCGUGACGAUGCAGUGAAGGGCUUCCACAACUGGAUCCAGUUCUUUCUAGAAGAGCGCAAAGGCAAUGUGGACUACAGAGGCUUCGUGCUGCCUAGGAGACGAGGCCGAGGAAGUGCAGACCCGCCGGAUGGAGAUGACCAGCUCAUCUCUAUUCAGUUUGCGUGGGAGGGUGAGCUGAAGCCGGUGACGUCCAUGUUUGUCGGUGUCAGCCCCGAGUUUGAGAUUGCGCUGUACACUCUCUGCUUCUUCGAAGGACAGCAGUCGUAUGAUUGCGAAAUGGGCGACUAUGAUGUUAUACUCAAGGUACACAAGAUUGCCCAUCGCUUCCUUGGCGCUUGCUACCCGGAGGUCAAGGAACAUUAGGACAGGCCACAUUAGAGGGGCAUGCACUGCAACUGUGAUGGCGUCAUCAGUAGUGAAUCAGCGACAUCAUGGUUGUUCGCAGUAGUGGUGAUGAUGUCAUUACUGGCACGAGAGUAGAUUUUAAUGAUGUUGUAAUUCCUUGUCGCUGAUCAACAUGAUGAUUUGUCUCAGAAUGCAGUGAUUGUGCUCUGCAGUAUUUUCUGCCAGCAGAUUCAUGAUGGUAUUCCCGACACGCAGACUUGUCAAUUUUAGAAAUAAGCCAUACGUAUUUAUGGGCUGUGGAUACAUCUACCCAUGCAGCUUGUAAGCGCCGUCACUCUGCUUGCUGAAUUUCGGCUGCAUGUAUGCCUCAGACCCUGUGAAUUACACUAACCUGACCUCGCUGGCAAUUUUAUAAAUUAUUUCCAAUUUUCACCGCUUAGUUUUUCAGUGGUGGAUUUCCAUUUUUGGCUGUUCAUGGUUUCAUAACGAUUUCAGCUGAUAUUCAGAGGCUGGCUUGUGUGCA